UACCCUCCACCUGCCGUUUUUAUAGUAUAAUAUCUCCGGUCCGGUUCUUGUGCCUUCAAAUUGGAGUGUUGAGUCCAUAAAUAAUCUUCGUAUUCAUCUUUCUCUCUCAGAGUUCGUUCCUCGAAAUAUGUCCAUUGUUGAGUUGGAUUUCUUCGCCAUGGACAAUCGAUCCCUCAACUCCGACUCCGAUCCCACUCUCUUCCGUCGCCAUAGAAGCUUCAAAGAUAUUCAGGGCGCCAUUUCCAAAAUCAAUCCUGAGAUUCUCAAAUCUCUCAUCGCCUCUGGCUCUACAGAGCAUAGUUCCGAUUUCGCCACUCCGAUUCCUCAGAAAUUUCCGCCGCUGUCACUGCUCCGGACUCCUAAUGUUGAUCAGAAUCUCUCCACGCCACCGCCUGUUUAUUCCGCUACUACCUCCAGGAUGAGUCCAGAGAUCGCUUCUGAAAAAUAUCCUCUCACGAUUUUCUACAACGAAACCGUCUCCGUUUUUCACGUUUCGCGUGAUGAGGCCAAAAACAUUAUGAGGUUUGCUGAAAAGGCGAGUGGCACUGGCAGUGGCAUUGGAAAGGGUGAAGCCGAAAAGGGCCAACCAAUGGCUGAAAUUACUUCAAAUCAGAACCAGCAACCGGUGCCCAUUGAUCCUGAAGAUGAUGAGGAUCUUCCAUUGGCAAGGAAAAGGUCACUCCAGAGAUUUUUGGAGAGGCGGAAGGAGAGUGGGGUUAUGAUUUAUAGGUUAAUUCCAACGGUGCCCUAUGGUUGUCGCUCCUAAUCAGGGAAGGGAAGGGAAGGUAAGACUGUCAAAAAUAAAUAGAGAAUUGGGAAGUUUAGUGUUUAUUCUGAAUAAGUACAAAAUUGUUUUGUACUGUUUGCUCUCUUUUCUAAUGGGUUUUGUGUUAGGGUUAGGUGUUUAUUGUUCCUUUUUCUUUCUUAUCUUUAUCCUUAGACUUUAGA